UUGAACGCAAACAAGCAAGAGAUUGAUAGUGUAAUUACACUAAUCCACUAAUAAAAUUAUAUACGAGCUAUCUUAUAGUAAUUAAUUUCCAUUUUAGUCCAAGCAACAGCGCUUGUGUUAGGACAGUCAGGAAUGCCGACAAAUGUAUUUACCAACGGCCUUGUACAAGCACUCAACAAUCUCAACGCUCACACACUCGGUGAGAUCGUCAAGGAAGUCCCAGAAAUAUUCGAAACUUACCUUGGAAGGGAUAACUCUCCUGUCACUUUAAUAGCACCUUUGAACAGUGCGUUCUAUAACAGUGGUAUAUCCCAACUCGCACCUGCAAAACUUCAGCAACUGCUCAGCUACCACAUACUCGAUGGUUGGACACCCUACACAGAUGGACGCUAUAUCGUUCCUUCCUUCUUCAUACGUUCAAGAGACCAUUCGUCGCAAUCUCAAAAAGUUGUUGUUGACGUCACACAUGACGGUGCGAAGAUAAACAUUUCGACAGCGCUCAAAACGCUCGCUGUGGAAGGCCGAACGACUUACAUGAAUGUGCAUAUAUGGACUGUACCAGAAUUCGUUGGUAUGCCUGGCGAUUUCUUCGACACACUCUCCAUACUCGGUUUGGGGGACGUUGCGGAUUUCGUGACGGAUUCUCUCCUCAAGCAAGAUAUACGGAGCAUGUAUGGUCUGACUGCAUUCGUGCCAACAUCUCAGGCACUUUCGGAGGAUAUCUACGCUCAAUCGAGGACAGAUGACGAGCAUCGUGAGAUUGUUUUGCGACACUUUCUCACAAAUGGCUCAAUGUUCUACUCCCCGGAGCUCGUUGAUGGACUCUCGCUCGAGACGCUCGAGGGAUCUUGCGUUGCUAUAGUCGAGAAGCCUGACGGUAUGAAGCAGGUCGUAGGACAUGAUGGAUAUACCACUGCGAAUAUCCUUCGAAGUGAUAUUUUGCUGUCUAAUGGUGUCAUGCAUAUUAUUGACAAGGUGCUUUGAAGCUUCUUGCUACAUUUAUCUCUUACUUUUUCUUCGCUUUCUUAGACCUCUCUUGCAUUACAGUUUGCAUCUCUAAAUAGGAGCUCAUUUAUUGACAUAAUUUGUAUUUCUAUUCUAUAAUUUAUUAAUGAUUUUCUU